CAAGGAGCAGAUCCAGGGCUGGGUUAGAGGGCGCCCUGGCCUCUCGUCCACCUGCCGGCCGCUGGUGCUUCAGCGGGUCGGCGAGGUCUGCGCCUGCCAGGCCCAUGGCGGCGUCCGCAGCUCUGUCAGCAGCGGCGGCGGUGGCGACCCUGUCGGGCCUGGCAGUGCGACUGUCGCGCUCUGCGGCGGCCCGUGGCUCUUACUGCGCGUUCUGCAAGGGGCUCACGCGCACGCUGCUCACCUUCUUCGACCUGGCCUGGCGGCUGCGCAUGAACUUCCCCUAUUUCUACGUCGUGGCCUCGGUGAUGCUCAACGUCCGCCUGCAGGUGCGGAUCGAGUGAGCGCCUGUGGCCACAGCGGCCCGGCAGGAGGGUCCCGCGCCAGCCCGCCCGCCCGCAGGGCGGACAGCAGGGCCGCCCAGAUCUCGGGACGCGGCGCGGAAAGGAGGCGGGGCGGCCCGGGCCCCGGACCCUAGAGCUCCGCGAGAGCACGCUGGCCACUGAGCCACCGAGGCGACCGAACCCCGAACCCAGCCGGGAGCUGCGCACACGCGUCGCCGCCAGUGCUGGAUUGCACAAAACCUCACAAAACGGGGCCGUUCCUUCGGGUUCCAGAAAAUUAUCUGAGUACAGCCGACCUGUUGCCUCACAUUGGCAGAAGGUGGAAACCAGAAGAAAUGCUGCUGCAGGGACUUGCUUUGACCGGCCUGAUCGGAAAGGAACCGGUGUUGGUAGCUGGGGACUCACCCCUUCUCUGGCCCUCAUCGAGAGUCAACCCUGUGCCCAAGGGCUCUCCUUGGCCCUAGAGCUCCCUGGUAGCAGCUGAGUGAAGGGCCUGGCUGGGGAGGAGAUGAAGGGCCUUCUGCCGGCCGAGGCCCCAAGAGGCUCGGCUCCCCGAUGUCCAGGAUCACACGGGAGACCCCUCUAGAUGGGCUUGGACUGGUCCUGGAGGCCCGGGGUGUGCUACUGACUGGUGUACAGGCAUGGGCCGGAGCAGCCCAGAGGGGAGCCAGGAGAGGCUGUGGCCCUGAUCACACACCCCCCAGCCCCACGUCUGCUGUGACACCGGUUGCUCUGGGCCCAAGUACUCAGAGAUCGUGGGACUGAAAAACCACAGUAGAGUGGUCAGCCCCCAGGGACCGAGGGGCCCAAUCUCACAGCAUCUGCCCCACUGAGCUGCCCAGCAGGAGUCUCGGUCCUGGGCGAAUUACUCCUCCUGGCUCACCCCAGGGACUGGGGACUGAGGCUGGACCAAGGCUCCCACAUGCCCCCAGCAGUUUCUCACGGACAGGGCCUGAUGGCUUCCUUCCUCGUGCCAAGUCUCCUGGGAGUCCCUAUUCCUGGUGAUCCCUCCUCCAUUCCACCCCUGGCCACCCAGGACCACAUCUGGGAGCCCGCCAGCCUGCCGACUCCAUCCGUAGACCUCCGGGGACAGCCUCGGAGAAAGGAGAGCAACAGGGGCUGUGAAGGGUGGGAGGAGGACCAGGGGCCUUCUUGGGGAUGACACAGAGAUGGGCCCCUUUCAAGCCCAGGUCUCGCCCUCUCGGGGUGAGUCGAUCCCCAGCUGUAGCCUCUUCCUGGGCCAGCCGGGGAGGAGGAAGGCCUGAGAAUGGCAGGAGGGAGGCUGCUCACUGAAUGCGUGCUUGUGUCUCACAGGGAGAACUGUGCGUUUGAGCCUCAGGGGCCCCUGGCCUCACAGGCCCCCUCCUCUGCUGGGAAGCUGCACCGCAUCUGGAGGCUCCGUGGCUCUGGCUUUGGCUGUCUCUGCUCUAAGGGAAUGACUGGGGGAGGGGCCAGGGACCGGUCCUUAGCCUGUGUUCCUGCCACAGCUUGUCUUGCCAUUUUGGCCUUGAGUAGUGAGCUGCUUCUGCUUUCCCACCUCUCCCCAACCCCACUGGGCCCUGGCUGCUUGGCGGGCUCUCAGUGCACUUUAUUUAUUUGCAGUCUGUUCGGCAGGCAGCGGAACUUCUGCAAAAUCAGGGACCCCAGCCUGAGUAAGAUGGCUUUCAAUUUUCCGCGUGUGGUAACUCUGUACCGGUCAGAGGAAUGUUCUUGUUUCUGGUGUUGUCGAAUCUCGUUGUCUCUCUCAGUUAAGAAACAAGAAAGGAAAGAAAACCCUUAAGUUCAA